AUGGUACAGCAACUAGAAAACAACCAGGAAGAAGAAGAGGAAGUGGACAACACAGAAAUGAUGAUCAUCAAUGACAAACGACAUGAAACAAUAGAGAAGGGGCAAAUUUACAAGGACAAAGAAACAUUGAUAAGUACACUAUGCUACUUUGCAAUCAAGAAGACAUUUCAAUACAAAGUAGUGAAAUCUUGCACAAAAGAAUACAACAUAGUGUGUUUGGACACAAACUGCAAAUGGAGUUUAAAGGCUACAAAAAAUGGAAACACAGAAACAUUCAUAAUAAGGAGCUACGAAGAAGAACACACAUGUGCAGUUACAAUAAGAUUUGGAGAUCAACGACAAGCUACAUCAAAGUUGAUAGCAGACUUUGUAAAACCAAAAUUCUUGAACCUGAAAACAAAGUGCAGCCCUGCAGACAUAAAGACAGAAAUGAAAGACAAAUACGGAAUAAAGAUGAAUUACAUGAAAGCAUGGCGUAGUAAAGAGCGAGCACAAACCCAGCUACAUGGAAAUGCUAAAGAGUCGUACAAUCUCUUGCCUAGAUACCUGUACAUGCUACAGAAAACAAAUCCAGGAACAUUAAUAGACAUAGAGAAAGAUGAUGAUGACAGUUUCAAAUAUGCAUUUGUUGCAUUAAAUGCUGCUAUAAAAGGUUGGCCAAACUGCAAACCAAUCAUCGUGGUAGACGGUACAUUCCUAAAGGCCGCGUAUGGAGGCACGUUGCUCACUGCCAACACACAAGAUGCAGAAUCUAAAAUUUUUCCACUAGCAUACUGCAUAGUUGAUUCUGAGAACGAUAAAUCGUGGGAGUGGUUCUUAAAAAAAAUAAGAGAAGCAUUCGGGGUUCGAGAAUGUCAAUGCCUAAUAUCAGACAGACAUGAAAGCAUCAUCAAAGCAACUAGGAAAGUGUUCCCUGAAAUAACACAUGGCUACUGCAUCUUCCACCUCUUGUCGAACCUCAAAACAAAAUUCAAGAAAAAUGCAAAGCAUUUCAGAGUGCCAUUCUUUGCAGCUGCAAAAGCUUACACAGAAAUGGAGUUUGAAUUCCAUAUGAGGGAGCUAGACAACUUGGAUAAGCGCAUAAGACCGUACCUGGAGAAAAUUGGCCAUGAAAAAUGGUCAAGGUAUCAUUCAGAAAACAACAGGUACUCUACCAUGACAUCAAACAUAGCUGAGGCACUGAACUCAGCAAAUUUAGCAGCAAGGGAAACACCAGUGACAACAUUAAUGGAGUGCUUGAGGGCACAAAUGCAAGAGUGGACAUACAAUAAUAGAAAGGAGGCACAAAAAUGCACAACAAGGCUGACACCAUCAUCUGAGAAAAAACUCAUAGGGAACUAUGUACAGUCAUUGCGACUAACAGUAAGUUCAGAUUAUCGUUCGCAUAAAGUAAAAUUAAAACAGUUGUGUUUGCAUAGUUUUUUGGUUGUUUUAAAGUUGGUUUAAAACUUGCAGGU